AUGGAGAUCGCAAUUUUUUGGUUUCGUCCAUCUAAGAAGUAUACAAUGACGUACAAAAAGGUAGCAAUAAUAACGCAAUUGAUCUCAGUUGCAUUGUGUGUGGCACUAGGGGUAUACGAGGAGACUUUUAUGGACUCGGUAUACGGAGAGUUAGUCGCAUCUAAGGAAUCGAAAAAUUACAAGCACGAAUUGCUUGAGACAGGAGAAUUAACGAGAGAUGCUAAAUUUGACAAGAUAACAGAAAAAUCAUCAAUUGACUUGAGCCAGUUUGAUCCUAAUGAUAUUGGCUCAUUCCAACAGGUACUUGAUAUGUACCAUCUGUCACAAAAAUCAAACAUGCACCAGCAGCACAAUGAUGUAUACUACGAGAAAUCACAUGAAUCGUACCAGAAAUACAGACCUAUGGUGAAAUUUCCUAACGACGACGACACGUCAGACAUCUAUGACGAUGCAAGAAACUUGUUUGGGGGCAUAACCACCUACGGUCACUUCAGGCAUUUCAAUUGCUUUGACCCUAAAUUAUUCGACGAAAAAAUCGAUAUUGCUGUAGUGGGAGCACCAUUCGACACAGGAGUCUCUUUCAGGCCUGGGGCUCGGUUUGGACCCGAUUCUAUCAGGCUGGCUAGCAAACGGUUAGGAGGCGUGUCUCCAGAUAGAGGUCGAGGCAAUCCUAACACCAACAUGACAGAAAUAAACCCAUACGACCCUCGCAGCCACAACCUCAGCAUAAUCGACUGCGGAGACGUCCCCAUGACGCCGUUUGACAACAGGAUAGCCUUAAAUCAGUUGUACCGGGGUCAGAGAUCAAUUCACAAGCAUACAAGCGGAAACAAGCCCAAGAUAAUCACCAUGGGAGGAGAUCAUACGGUGACACUUAUGGCAUUGAAGUCAGCGUAUGAGCAUUACGGAGCUCUCUCUGUGCUCCAUUUCGACUCGCACAUCGAUACUUGGGAUCCCAAGAAGCUUGGUGGCGGCAUAACUAACUAUAUGUCUCUCAAUCACGGCACAUUCCUUCAUUAUGCUGCCGAACAGGGGUAUUUGAAUAAAGGCUCGUGCUUCCAUUUGGGGAUGCGCGCACCCUACAUCGAUUACCACUAUGAUUUGCACCACGAUAAAGAUCACUGCGGCUUCAACACCAUUACCGCCCGCGACCUCGACAACUUGGGCAGAGCCCAUAUUGUCGAGUCCAUCAAACAGGCCGUAGGUUCUAACCCUGUUUAUAUCUCGGUGGAUAUAGAUGUAUUGGAUCCUGCCAGUGCCCCGGGAACUGGCACCGUCGAAGUCGGAGGAUGGACCGCACGCGAGCUCUUGUCGAUCUUGGACGGCUUGGAAGGUAUCAAUGUGGUGGGUGGUGAUGUGGUCGAGGUGAGCCCUCCCUACGAUACGAACUCCGGCAUCACAGCUCUUGCAGCCACUGGGGUAAUAGACUCUAUAAUGGGACUCAUCAUGGUGAAAACGUUAUCCGCACACCCUUAA